UUUUUUCCCUGUCCGUUCCUUCAACUUUCCAACAUAUCAUAUCAUCAGCCUCCAAUCCAACCAACACUCCCAACUUUUUCGCUCCACCAUCCAAACGAUACUAUCUAGCCCAGCUCGCGACAUUUGCAACCCGAACAGAUCCCACAAGCCGCGAAGUUUCAAUCGAAAUAACCAAAAUGUCCGACGAAGAAUACUCCAUCUACGACGAAGUCGAAAUCGAAGACAUGACCUACGACCCAGCGCUGCAGACGUAUUCGUACCCCUGCCCAUGCGGCGACAAGUUCGAGAUUGCGCUCGCCGACCUCCAGGACGGUCAGGACAUUGCCGUUUGCCCGAGCUGUAGCUUGAUGGUCAGGGUCAUUUUUGAAGUUGAUAACCUCCCCAAGGCACCGGAUGCCGCGGCGUCUAUUGCUGUUUCCGCUUAAUGGGGGACUACGAAGUCGAAUGAAAAAUCUAAGAGGCGCGGAAUAUAGAAGUGGCUCGCAACGAGGCGCUCAUGAUUCCGUACACCGAGGUUGAAGGUUAGGAUAACACCAGCCUUUCCGACAUCAACUUGCAACCAAAGCCACAAUGAUACAGCAGAAGCAAGCCGAUUGCUUUCUCGAGCCCAGUCCAGUUCAUACCAGCCGUCCUCGCCCUGGUUUGCAUCGAGAUCACGCCCCGCUGGCACAGCCAGCCAGUUAAACAAGCCGACCGAGCCAAUGUACCAGUCGACAGAUCCUCUGCUGUCCCCCGCCGAUGCGAAUGACCCUCAACCGGCGAUAAUGAUAACCAGAACCAACUCGAUUUGAUUUGAUCCGAGAUCAGAUCGACCUCGUCCAGAAAAUAACAGCGUCGCUGCCCGGCCGCCGGGAACAAAGCAAGCAGAGCGACCAUGACCUUCCAGGCCCCUGGUGCCGUUUACAUCCAAGGAUUCGUCGGUCGGAUUUGCCAGCAGCUGGGUGAAAGCAUUCAAAAACAAAGGGGAUGCUUCAUGGGUGGGCCUGGCUUUUCGCUGCCCUUGGCUUUUGUCUGCGACCGUGUGCUUUGGGCGUUGGGUGUUGGGCAUCACAAUCAACAUUGGGACAGGCGUUUUCUACGUUGCAGCGGUUGAUUUUGGGCGUGCUUCUUGGCUAGGAUGGGAUAUCAAAUAGAUCGAAAGAAUGGCGGGGCGGAGUGCGAAGGCAGGGGCUUGAUUUAGAUAGGUGCUCGGAUGGCUUCAAAUCGCGCACUAGAUGGACGUGUCUCAUGAUCGGAAACGUGCGAUGGAAGUGAUAGGACUUUAUCAACGCUUUGGAAUCUUGUGUAUAUUACUUAUAUAGGCGUUGGGGUUGGGAUAUCUGCUUUGGAAUUGGUGAUCUGGGAGUUAUUGCUUGAAGCUCUUUACCAAGUAGGAAACUACAAUGACAGUCCUAAAGAAAAAUGAGCAUUCAACACCUG